AUGGUACGAACUCAACGCCCGACACUACAGAAUAUUCGUAUUCGUUCAACACUUGAUGCGCACAAGAUAUUCUAUUCUGUGUAUCAAGGACAUUUGGAGAUGGUUACGCGAAGACUGGACGCUGACGAACGAAUGGCGUUGGGCUCUGGAUGUGUAUAUGCUUGGGAAGAGAGAGGGCCACAUACGGAGAUUACUGGGCUCGGAAUUGAACGCUUCACAGAGGGAAGAAGAUGGAGUCCUUCGAGGGUCAGGGAUGUGAGUUUAUUUCACUCUUUUUCAAUAAACGAGAUCUGGAUAACCGUUUUCGAUUGGGACCCACUUGUCAAGCAGACGUAUUCUGUUUGGAUAGACACAGAGAAGGGUCGAAGGAAGUGGCAUUUGACCGCGUAUUUUACCCAGCUUACAGUCGACAACCUCGGUACCAUUGAUAAUAUCCCUGGCGUAGGCGAUCUUACGGUCCCAGAGGGGAUGUUCAAGAGCACGAGGGUUAACAAGAGCCGAACCAGUAAUAACAAGGCCUUGGACGAGUCCUCUGUGUCGUCGUCCAUACCCACAACAACUUUCACAAAUCCCACAGCCCCUACAAAACCAGCAGCACCCACAACAGCUUGUUCUCCUUCCACGGCCUCAAGUUCCAGAACACAUACUGGAACACCAACCGCCACAUAG